AUGUUCUUCCUUAACGGCUUCGGAUAUGCCGUUGACUCGAUGAUAUCCCUCUUUCAGUCUGGUAUCGCAACUCAGGCGUUCCGCGAGUUUGGAGAACAUGGAUACGCCAACGGCCUGACGAUCGCUAGCUACGUUGAAAUGCUACUCGGCGCGCUAUUCUGGGGCUUCGGCGCCGACAUCAUUGGACGAAGACACGCUUUCAAUGUUUCCCUUCUUGUAUGUUCAGUCAUUUGCAUUAUAGCCGGCGCCAUGCCAAAUUGGAAAUUCCUGGGAUUCUUCAUUGCGAUGGUUGGCAUCGGCGCCUGUGGCAGUCUCAUCAUGGACACGGCCGUCUUCCUAGAGUAA